AUGCUAAAGACUCGCAGCAAGGUUAUUGUCGAAGCUCAUCGCCAUGCGGGCGUCUUUGUCGGAAGAGGAAAAGAAGAUCUGCUCCUCACAAAGAACCUCACCCCUGGAGAGAGCGUCUACGGCGAGAAGCGCAUCUCAAUCUCUAAUACAGCGACCGGCGUCAACGGUGAAGACGCCCCGGCGACUACGACUGAGUACCGCGUCUGGAACCCAUUCCGAAGCAAGCUUGCAGCGGCGAUUUUGGGCGGCGUGGACGACAUAUAUAUCAAGCCUGGAAGCAAAGUGCUCUAUCUUGGUGCCGCCAGUGGGACGAGUGUCUCUCACGUGGCCGACAUUGUCGGCCCAGAAGGAACUGUAUACGCGGUCGAGUUCAGUCACCGAUCUGGUCGUGAUCUGAUCAACAUGGCAACACAUCGUACCAAUGUGAUACCUAUCGUCGAAGACGCGAGACACCCCCUGAAAUACAGAAUGCUUCUCCCGAUGGUCGAUGUCAUUUUCGCGGAUGUGGCUCAACCUGACCAAGCUCGUAUCGUGGGAUACAACGCAUCUCAGUUUCUCAAGGUCGGCGGCGGCGUACUGAUCUCUAUCAAGGCCAACUGUAUAGACUCCACCGCCGCCCCCGAGGCUGUGUUCGCCGCGGAGGUCCAGAAGCUGAGGGAAUUGGGAAUCAAGCCGAAAGAGCAGUUGACGCUCGAGCCGUUCGAACGUGAUCACGCUAUCGUUGCGGGUAUCUAUCAACGGUCAUCAUAG